AUGCCUCAAAUCCGGAACCCCAUCCUCCCAGGCUUCAACGCCGACCCCUCCAUCCUCCUGCACAAUGGCACCUACUACAUCGCAACCAGCACCUUCGAGUGGUAUCCAGGCGUGCAAAUCCAUUCCUCCACCGACCUCGCAAACUGGUCUCUCGUCACGCGGCCCCUAUCUCGCGCCUCGCAGCUCGACAUGCGAGGCAACCCGGACUCCUGCGGCGUCUGGGCACCCUGCCUCUCCUUCUCCGAUGGGCAGUUCUGGCUCGUGUACACGGACGUGAAGCGCAAAGACGGGAGUUUCAAAGACGCGCACAACUACAUCGUGACGGCGCCGGCCAUCGCGGGGCCGUGGAGCGAACGGGUGUACGUCAACAGCAGCGGCUUCGAUCCGAGCCUGUUCCACGAUGCGGAGACGGGCAAGAAGUGGUUUGUGAAUAUGCUGCAGGACCAUCGACGGCGGCCACGGAGCUUUGCCGGGAUCGCGUUGCAGGAGUGGAGUCCUGAGAAAGGGUUGAUUGGCGAGAGGAAGAAUGUGUUUAAGGGCACGGAAUUGGAUCUCGUUGAGGGUCCGCACUUGUAUAAGCGGAACGGGUAUUUUUACUUGCUUACGGCGGAAGGAGGGACGGGGUAUGAUCAUGCUUGUACGUUAGCGAGAAGUAAGGAUAUUUGGGGUCCGUAUGAGCUGCAUCCUGAUAAGUAUAUCUUGAGUUCGAAAGAUAGCCAUUGGGCUGCGUUGCAGAGGGCGGGACAUGGCGAUAUCGUCGAGACGCCGGAGGGGAGGACGUAUCUUGUGCAUUUGUCCGGGCGUCCUAUUACGCAGAAUCGUCGGUGCGUCUUAGGUCGCGAGACCUCGAUCCAAGAGGCGGAGUGGAGGGACGACUGGCUGUAUGUCAAGAACGGGCCCGUGCCGAGUCUGUUUGUUGAUGUGCCGGGGAUGCGGGAUGAGAGUGUGUAUUGGGAGGAGAAGAGGUAUACGUUUGAGAAGAAACUGCAUCAGGAUUUCCAAUGGCUGAGGACGCCGGAGCACGAGAGGAUUUUCAACAUCUCGGACGACAAACUCGUCUUGAUAGGAAGAGAAUCCAUCGGCUCCUGGUUCGAGCAAGCACUCGUUGCGAGACGGCAGACGCACUUCUCCUUCGACGCCGAAACAGUCAUCGACUUUGCGCCCAGCGAUGAGAGGCAGUUUGCGGGGUUGACGGCUUAUUACUGUCGUUUUAACUUCUUCUACCUCGCCGUCACCGCACACAGCGACGGGGAGCGCGAGCUCCUCAUCAUGUCCUCGGAAGCCAGCUGGCCAGACGGCAAGCUUUCCUUCCCGAUGCAGGAUCCGGUCAAGAUCCCGAAGGCAGGGAAGGUCAAACUCGCGCUCACGGUGAGGGGGGCUGAGGGGCAGUUCUGGUAUGCGCUUGAGGGCCAGGAACUCGCGAAAAUUGGGAAGAGGUGGGAUGCGAGUAUUUUGAGCGAUGAGUGUGGGGGUCAUCAUGCUCAUGGCAGUUUUACGGGGGCUUUCGUCGGGGUGGCGGCGAGCGAUUUGAAUGGGCAGGCCAAGGAGGCUAAGUUUGAUUAUUUUGUGUACAGGCCGGUGAAGCAUGAGACGGACCGGUAUGAUAUCUAG